UGGGUAAUUGCUGUAAUUCCACACACCUGUUGGCCCAGCAUAAUGAAGCUGCUAGCACAGUUAGCUCUAUUCUCCCAGUGCUUCCAGCCUGACUGUUCGUGUACUGCCUUCUGACGGUCCGGAAGUCUCGAGGUUUUGCUCUAAAUACCUGUAGCUGCCAAUGUGACAAUAUUGAAGAUAUUUUGUCAUGUGGAACCAAGCUUGCAGUCAGCCCUCGGAUGGGAUGCCCAGCCACAAAGCAACUGUAAUGGAUUCCUUCUCCCUGAUGUUGCCACAGAGGACAACUCUUCUGAUUUUGCCAUGCACAGUGUCUCAGCUGCUGUCUGCCUCUCGGGGCAGCGACAGAACCUUUACAAUCUGCAACUGGGAACUCAACCAGGUGUCUGUAGUGGGCAUCAUCCGAGGAUCGGCUCCCUUUGUGACAAACAUCCAGUACUCUGUGGAUGACAUGACUGGUCCACCUUUAAAUGUGAAGCAGUGGGUUAACACAGAGGCCUGUGCUUCUCCUGGAACGUAUGUGAAGGUGACCGGAACCCUACGCAGUUUGGAUGGUCAAAGAUCAUUGUUGGCAAUGGACAUUCGUUGUAUCAAGGACCUCAAUGAGAUUACGUCCCACAUGUUGGAAGUAGUACGAGCACACAUGCAGCUUUUUGGAAAGGCAUUUGAUGUGAAUAUGAAUACCACUGUCGUCAGCCAUGGUGGCAAUGAACAUCCUAAAGGUGUCUUACCAAAUGGUUUGUCCACCAUCCAGGGUCAGGUGAUGCAUGUGAUCCGGAGGUUCUCUGUCAGCGAUAUUGGCAUCGGGUUCCAUGAACUGCAGUCCCAGCUGAACUACCUCAGCAUGGGAGACCUCAGAGCGUCCCUGACGUUUCUGAUAAAUGAAGGCCAUGUCUUCUCUACCAUUGAUGAGCAUCAUUUCAAGUCAACAGAACAUUAGCGGGCUAGCUGGAGGCAUCACAGUCCUGGAUCUGAUCAGGAUGUACCCACAUUUUUGGAGUGACAUACAUCUUUUUUUGGUUAAAUU